CAUACAUAGCGCAAGUUGCGCGCGUCGAUCGCUAGCCGGACGCUGAACGCAACCAGCAACGCAUCCACCAAAAGCGACAGCCGCACGCCUUGGCCUCAUUCUCUAACUGGCCUCUCACCGCAGAGGACUAUCGCCGUCGAGGAGUGGCUUUCUCUCACUUCUUUCCUCGACCUUUUCUCGCUAUGAGACUCUCAGCAGCGCUUGGUGCGCUGCUGAUGCAGGCCGUGCCCUCGGCCGCGCAGACGACCACCACUACAGACGUGUACUACCCGACGAUCUUGAGCGCGGCGGGCAACGUGACGGGCUUGCCGGGAGGCAAUGAGUUCUGUGGCUCAGCCCGCGUGCGUAAGCCCUGGGGUGCCUUGACGUCCGACGAGCAGGCACUGUACCUUGAGGCCACCGAGAUGGCCAUCGCUAACGGCGGCGUGGCCGAGUUUUCGGCUAUUGCUGCUGACUCACUGGGCCAGGCCCAGGGCGAAUACUCUUGCGCCUUCUUCAGCUGGCACCGACGCCUAUUAUUAGCCUACGAGUCCUACCUACGCGACCUAGACGAACGGUUCGCUUGUCUCACGUUGCCCUACUAUGACGUGCACACGGCCUACAUCCAGGCUGUCAAUGGGGAAUGCUCCAACAUGUUCGAGUGCAGCGGCAUCUUCCAGGCCAUCGGCGGCGCGCCCAACUCGACGGACGAGACGACGCUGGUUUUCGACGGCGUCAACGCCACGGGUUACGCCGUGAGCGGCGCGCCGUACGCCGACUCCUGCGACGACGACGACAACUGCGGCUACAUCGUACGCGACGAUCUGUCCAGCAAGCCUGUGCCUAGUGCCGCUAGUUUCGGCUCCUUCCAGAGCGUCGUGGCCUCUUCGAGCGACUACGCCACGUUUCUGGAGAACAUCCAGUAUGGCGUACACAACGAGGUGCUGGACGCCGUGGGCGGCGCCUUCUCCACGGCCGUCGCCGCGCGCGACGUGCUGUACUACUCGUGGUACUCGGCACUCGACAUGUACCUGCACGUGUUCCACCUGUGCCGUGUCGGCGUGCCGGUCACGUACGAGCAGAUCCUCGAGUCGCUGGAGUUGUUCAGCAACGCCACGCAAACGUGCGGCGGCGUGGACGGCGUGGACGCCGAGUCGGCGCUCAUCAUGCAGAUUACGGUCGACGGAGAAGUCGUGGACGCCUCGCAGCACCCUACGCUGGGCCAGUACUUCGGCUACGUGGGCAGCGACAACUGGAACUACGUCGACAUCCAGCAGCUCGGAGACUACUCGUACACGUACCAGUUGCCCGAAGUGCUGCGUCAGCAGAUCUUGAGCAACAACGACGUGUGCACGGGCUUCAACCGCGCGUUCGCGGCUUCGUACACGACGUUGAACGCCGCUGCGGUCAAGAGCACGACGACGACCAAGACGACCACCAAGACUACCACUACCAAGACUACUAAGAUCGUGAACGGCAAGAAGGUGACGACCACCAAGGUGACCAAGGUGGUGACCAGGUCGAACAGCACUACGUCGUCCUCGGCCAAGUCCACGGUGACCAGCGGCCAGCUGGUGAGCAGCUACGGAUACACGUACCUGGGCAACUUCAGCACGGACAACGUGGCGUACGGAGAGGGUACGAUCGUGACGAACGGGUACACGGGUUACACGCCGUACUACACGAACGGCGAGAUCACCACCAAGCACAACGGUAUCGUGAGCGCCAACUACUCAAGCUCGUCGACCACGACCAGUACGUCGUCCCGCGUGGACGCGACGUACGCGAACACGUCGAACCUGGUGAUGAACGUGACGGUGGGCACGCGCUCGGUGGCUCGCAACGUCACGGCGUCCGUGGCCACGUCGGGCAGCUACUGGGCGUGGCUGCAGACGGCCUACAACGGUCUGUACACCCGCUUCGAAGGCAACCUGGACCUGGUGACGACGCACAUGAAGCUGCUCGAGUGCUACACGUUCGACAGCGUCUACGGCCUCACCAACUUCACGUCCACGUUUGUGACGGACAAGAACCUCAUCACGAGCCGUAAGGAGUGCGGCCAGCGUCUGGAUCUGGUGCGUUCGGGUCUACUGCAGAUGGCUGUGCGCUCGACGUCCUACUCGGCGUCAAGCCUGACGUUCGCCAGCUCGACGGUCAUCCGUACCAUCCGCACGUCGUACAAGCGCGUGACUACGCGCAAGGUCACGUACGUCCGCAAGUCGUACACGCAGAAGGUGCAGUCGAGUCUGGAGUCGACGCAACAGGCUCUGGGCAACAUCACGGUCACCUCGACGAGUGGCUCGGGUGAUGACGAGACGUCCACUACCGUUGUGGACACUGGAUACAUGACGUCUAACACAACAAGCAGCACGGUGCAGAGCUCCAAGAACUCGUCGGCUGUCACAACCACGAGCAGUACGACGACCACCACCACGACGGCGGCGAAUGUGUCGGAGACUCUGUCGGAGGCCUCGUCGGGUUCGACGGAUCUUGAAGUGUCUGGAUCGAGCUCGACUGAGACGGACUCGGAUACUGGAAGCACCUCGAAAGAGGGAUCUACGGUGACGACCACCGGCUCGAACGGGGAGACGACGACCACGACCACGACCGGUUCGGGCGGUACCGUUAAGACGACCACCACUGGAUCGGGCGGCAGUAUCAAGACUACCACGACUGGCUCGGGCGAGACCACGACGACUGUUACUACUGGAUCGGGAGCUACGACGACCACUACGGGCGGAUCUUCGACCACUACUACCGGAUCGACCACUAUCACUGGUACUACAACCACGACCGGAUCGACGACUACGACGACUGGAUCGACGACUACGUCGGGUGGAUCGACUACUUCUACGACCAACUCGGGUACGUCGACGUCGACCAACUCGGGCACUACAACCUCGACGACGACGGGUGGAAGCACGACGACUACUACUGGUCAGAAAACGACUUCGACAGGCUCGAACGGCGAGACGAUCACCACGACUACCGGCUCGAACGGUGAAACGACGACGACCACUACGACUGGCUCGGGCGGCUCCAUUCAGACUACCACUACUGGAUCUGGCGGCGCGAUCGAGACGGUUACGACUGGAUCGGGUGUUACGACGACGACGGUGACGACUGGAUCUGGCGAAUCGACGACCACAACAGGCACCACCUCUGCGACCGGAUCGCACUCCACGACUCAGACUACCACCGAGUCAUCGGCUUCGGGAUCGAUUGAUACCACGACUCCGGGUGCUACCCCUGCGGCUACUACACCGGGUGCUACGCCCGCUGCCUCCAAGCCUAGUGCUACGCCUGCCGCCACGACGCCUAGUGCCACGCCUGCCGCCACGCCGGCUGCUACGACGCCGAGUGCGACGCCUGCCGCGACGACUGAGCAGUCCGAGACGUGCACUGAUGUGUCCGUUGAAGGCGAUGCGACUUAUUGCAUUGAGGGACCAAUCUGCAGUGGCGCGGGUGACCUGCCUGCUGGCUCGCUGUGCCCCAAGAAGGGAGACGUUGCCGUGCAGGACUGCCAUGACACACUGUCUAGCUACACGAACUCGACCACUUGCGUGGCUCCUCAGGAUGCCGUGUGCUUGAAGAUCAAGACGGGUGCUUGGGGAUGUGUCUUCGAGAAUGCCACGCCGGCUCCUACGACGACUUCGGCGGACGAGUCGACACCUGCUCCGACCAAGACGAACGACGAAUCGACCCCUGCUCCGACCAAGACAGCGACUGAGGCCCCUACGCCUGCGCCCACCAAGUCGGAGACAGCGACUGAGGCUCCUACGCCUGCGCCGACCAAGCCAGAGACGACGACCGACAAGCCGACGCCAGUGCCGACGACUUCAGAAACGGAGAAGCCGACGCCGGCUCCGACUAAGGAGGGCUCGACGCCUGCUCCGACCACCGCUGGUCCAUCUACGGAUGCUCCUACGCCGUGCCCUACCACUGAGGUGCCCUCUACCGAGUCGCCAACGCCGAAGCCUACGACCGAGGUCCCAUCGACCAACGCUCCGACCCCGUGCCCGUCGACUGGCGUUCCUUCGACCGAGAGUCCGACACCGAGCCCGACGACGGAGGUGCCGGCUACGGACGCUCCGACGCCAUGCCCUACGACCGUGGUACCCUCGACUGAAGGCCCGACACCGAGCCCUACGACCGGAGUGCCGUCGACUGACGCUCCGACGCCGUGCCCGACGACGGAGGUGCCUACGACAGACGCUCCUACGCCGUACCCAACGACCGAGACUCCUGAGACUGAGGCCCCCACGCCGUGCCCUACCACUGCAGUGCCGGCUACGGAGACCCCCUCCAAGACCCCGGAGCCGGAGACCCCCACGAAGACUGGAACGAAGGCCGGCACCAAGACGGAGACCACCACGUCGUCCAACCACGACGACGACUACACGUGGCAGCAGACGCAACAGGAGACGCAGCAAAGCGCCUCCUCGUCGACCAAGACGUUUACCACGUCCUACACUGCGACGACGUCGGAUGCUACCACGACGGCUGCGACGGGAGGUGUGGGUGCUGCCGCCGUUGCUGGCAUCGUCAUCGCUGUCUGCGCUGUCGUCGCCCUCGCGGGUUUCACGGCCUACAGGAUCCGCCAGCGUCGCAGUACCGAUGACUUUACCCCCAGCGGCUACUACAGCCAGCCUGCGACGCCGGUCACUCGGUCGAUCAAGCUGUAAGCAGACGACAAACCUUUUGUACAUGGCGACUCUAGUGGCGAGAUGGACGCUAAACAGGCAUCCCCACGCUGUGCAUAGCUUGUUAUGUACUACAAACAAUAGAGUCUCAACCAUCAUUUUUUUUCCUAAAGAGUUAUGCAGAUGAUCCAAUUUAGGACCGUACACUGUUUAGUCCAGUAACAUUGCCACGGUUGUGGAGAAGAAUUUCGCAGAUAUACUUUUUUUCCGGCGUCAAACGAAAUAUCUUUAAUAGC